AUGAAGGUGUCAAAGUCUCUAAACGAAAUGUGGUUCCAGUUGAUUAGUUCUAGAUCAACUAUUUUGGCCUUGACCAAGUUUAAUAUGGCUGUCUGUAGGGAAACUAUAGAAUUCCUUCAAGAGUUCAUUAAGUACACUAGUGUUAACUAUGAUCAAAAUGUGUAUUUCCACAUCGAUUUUGCUCGAGCAGAUUUCGCCAAAUCGGCCGGAAUAUUGAACGUUGAAUUAAUACUUGUACUCAUGGAAGAUUUGGUCAUUGGUAUUGAUUUGGGGACAACCAAUUCCUGCGUAUCUCUUUAUCUUGAUGGGAAGACAAGAAUACUAGAAAACAGCGAUGGUGGCCGUAUUACGCCCUCUUUUAUAUUUUUUACAAGCAUAGAUGAUCCUGUUGUGGGUGAGCAUGCGAGGAGAAUUGCUGCCACUAAACCAGACCAUGGUAUCUAUGAGGUCAAGCGCCUUGUCGGGAGAACGUUCACCGAUUCUUACGUUCAGAAGAACUUGAAGUAUCUCGCAUUUAAAGUAGAAAGGGGUGAAUCAAAUACUCCUUUGGUUGUAGUUCAGCAAAGAAAUAAGGUACUGAAGAAAACUCCUCAAGAACUAUGUUCCAUAAUCCUGCAGAAGCUCAAGAGUGACGUGGAAGCUAAACUACGACAAACCGUGAACAAAGUCGUGAUCACAGUUCCUGCGUAUUUUAACGUGACUCAGAGAGAAGUUACGUUAGCUGCUGCUGAAGAUGCUGGAUUCACAGUUCUGAAAUUGUUAAACGAACCAACAGCAGCUGCGCUCUUCUACUAUUUUGAGUACGAUAAAAGCGAGGAAAAUUAUUCGUUGGUGUACGACCUGGGGGGUGGAACUUUUGACGUCGCUAUUCUCAAAAGGAGUUCAAACAACAUCGAGAUUGUUUGCGUAGACGGCGAUACACAACUAGGCGGACACGAUUUUGAUAAUAUCAUCGUAAAUUACGUUGCUGAGCAGCUAAUAAAACACUACGACUACGACCCUAGAAACGACAAGGAAAAUCUGCGAAGACUACACAAUAAAUGUGAAGACGCGAAGAAAGCUUUAUCUUCGGUUCCGGAAACUGUGAUAGUCCUUAUUGGAUUUGUUAAAGACCAUCCCAACAUUCAGAUAAGUAUAACGAGAGAAGAAUUUGAGACAAUCGCGGAUCCAUUAUUUAAGCGUACGAUGGAUAUAGUCGAUGCAUGCGUUAAAGGUUCGACAAUUUCGAAAAAUUCUAUCAAAGAGGUGAUUUUGUCGGGAGGGUCAACGCGCAUACCGAAAAUUCAGAAAUUGCUCUGUGGGUUUUUUGACGAAAAAACAAUUAAUAAGUUUGUUAAUCCGGACGAAUGUGUUGCAGAAGGAGCGGCUCUUCAAGCUGCAAUGUUGUCGACAAGUUCCAGGCAAGUAAUCGGCAAAAUUCAAUUGAUCGAUGUGGUUCCAUUAUCGCUUGGGCUUGCUGACUUUGUUAAUGAAAUGAGUAUUGUAAUACCACGAAAUUCUACGAUACCUGCACGCGGAACUGAAAGUUAUAGGACUCUUGAAAAUCGACAAAGUGUUAUGUCGUUUAGAGUUUUUGAAGGUGAACGUUUAAACGUUAUUAAAAAUCGCCUUCUGGGUCACUUUGAAAUUACUAAUAUAACUCCUGCCCCUCCUGGUCGUUGCGAAGCUAUAGUAACAUUCGCUGUAGACGCAAAUGGCAUCUUGAUUGUCACCGCACAAGAGAAAUAUAAAAACAAUGUUAAACAGCUAAAGAUAAAUUACGCCAGAGGCAACAAAAGUGAAGAAGAAAUCAAUAAUAGUAUACUCGACGCAGAAAAAUAUAAGAAAGAGGAUCAACUUUUUCAACAAUUUGCACAAUUGAAGGGUUAUCUAAUUAAAUAUUGCGUCAGUGUAAUGUAUAACUUAGACAAAAAAAAGUUAAAUAACACUCAUAGAGGAAUUUACGAAAUGUGUGAAGAAACUAUGAACACGGCAGAAAGUAUGAGUCUUGAAGAGAAAAAGAGAGUAGAGGAAUUAAUACAAGAAAUUAAAGUUCAGUCUGGCACACCUUAA